AUGGGCAGCUCCUUUGACCGCCUUCCGGCGGAGCUGCGCCAUUUCAUCUGGACCUUGACUUUGGGCGAGCAUGGCGAUGCCCCCACCAUGGUGCCUUUUCGCACCGCACGCCCAUGGCUGCUGGAGGAGGAAGACGACGAUGACGAAUUGCUUAUGGGUGGGGAUGAUGCGGAUGAGUUCAUGUCAGACGAGCAGUUUGAAGAGAUUCGGCUGCUCGCUCUGCGCCAAGUUGCUGGACAGAACGAGAAUGAGGACACAGCCGGCCCGGUGCCUCCAGCGCCGACGACGCUACCAAGCAAUGGCGUCAUAACAAUAGCCGACGACGACGUCGACGACGGAGCGGGCGAAGGGGACGGGCAGGACGAUGCUACGAAUGAAGCGCCGAUCGGAGAUGAAGGUGAAAACGACGACGACGACGACGACGAGGAAGACGAGGAAGUCGAGGAGAGCGAAGAUGAGUUCCAGGGAAGCUUAGAUACCGACGAGGGCGAGUUCGAACCUGGAAAUCCCUACGGCCAGGAACGCGCCUGGGACGAUGAAGUUGUCAUUGCCGUAUACAUUCCUCCUCUUCUCCUCGUCAACCGCGAAGCACGCUCCGUCACCCUCAACUGGCUCAAGAAACACGACAUCCAGCUUAACCGCAACACCAUUUCCAAAGGCGAGAUUAACACCGGCUUCGCCCCGAACAAAGACGGCCUCCCGCCGUACACUCGAAAAUACGACCCCGAGCGCGACCAUCUCUACGUCGACCGCCGCUACUGGCGGCGCUUCUGCGACCGUCUCCAGAUGCCGCACAUGAUGGCCCCAGACGACAACGACGACGCGGACGAGGAGGAGGACCCUGUUCAUGACAUUGGCGAGACCAUCAAGCACCUGGCCCUGCCCGCCUUCACCAUGUACCAGAGCGUAGGCGUGGUGGGCAACAUUCUCGAGUUCCUGCCCAACAUUCAGCAAAUCGCCUGCAUCUGGGGCGACCUACCGCACAAGGAGUGGAAGCCCAGGAUCGUCUACGAGACGGUGCAGCGCGACGGCAAGCCCAUGACGCAGGUGACAAACGUGCUGCUGCCGCGCUGGGAUCAUGCGCAAAUCAGCGAGAAACUGUCGCAGGAGGAGCACGACAGGAGGAACGACGACACGGAGCGGAUCAAGGCGGAGCGCGAGAAGGACCGCCAAGAGAGGCAGGAAAAAAAGGACCAGGCUGAAAAGAAUGGCAGGACGAACGAGGAGGACGAGGAGGACGAUGACGAAGACGAGGAUGAUGAUGAUGAGGAGGAGGAAGAGGGCACAGGACCGAUUGUCACCAUGUGCAUAAGGGAUCCCUCCGACGACACAAAGGUCUUUUAUGAGAGGGGAUACCUGAGCAACUGGCUGGACGAGAUUUACAAUGAACUGUCCAUCUGCGAGCUUCCGGAGCACGUCACGGACGAGUAUGAUGGUUCCGUCACGCUGCCUAUUGUGCCCUGCAAUGCUGUCCUGCGGCAAUAA